CAACUGCUUUCUUCGACCUCUUACUUCGUUUUUCUGAUAUUUAAUGUUCUACCCAACCCCCCACCACCCUAUCUUCCUCAUAUUAUUAUUCUCUCGAUCCCCUACGAUUUCACUCCCUGUGUGGCUUGAUCUCUUCUUCAAACUUACACUAAGUACUCUUCAUAGUUCCUAGACAUUCUUUACUCACUCUUUUCUUUCGAAACCUUUGUUCUUUGUCACUUUUUGGGGCCAAAAAUAUGACAGACGAUCCGGGUUCAUUUUCUGGCAAAAACGAUGUCACUGACAUGAAGAAAAAGAAGAAGAAGAAAGAAGAUCAGGAAAAGCAGCAGCAGUCGGUUCCACUGCUAAAACUAUUUACAUUUGCAGACUUUUAUGAUUAUAUUUUGAUGGCAAUCGGCUCAUUUGGUGCAUGUGUUCAUGGAGCUUCGGUACCUGUAUUCUUUAUUUUCUUCGGGAAGUUGAUAAAUGUUAUUGGAAUGGCUUAUCUCUUCCCCAAAGAAGCUUCCCACAAAGUUGCCAAGUAUUCACUGGAUUUUGUGUAUCUCAGUAUAGUUAUACUGUUUUCCUCGUGGACAGAGGUGGCUUGUUGGAUGCAUACUGGGGAAAGGCAAGCGGCAAAGAUGAGAAUGGCAUAUCUGAGAUCCAUGCUAAAUCAAGACAUUAGUGUCUUUGACACUGAAUCAUCCACCGGUGAGGUCAUUGCCGCAAUUACAAGUGACAUUAUCAUUGUCCAGGAUGCUCUAUCUGAGAAGGUGGGGAACUUCAUACACUACAUUAGCAGGUUUAUAGCAGGCUUCAUCAUUGGGUUUGUUAAGGUCUGGCAAAUCUCUCUGGUAACACUGUCUAUAGUCCCUUUAAUUGCUGUUGCUGGUGGCCUCUAUGCUUGGGUGGCAACUGGUCUCAUUGCCAGAGUUCGAAAAUCCUAUGUCAAGGCGGGUGAGAUUGCGGAAGAGGUGAUUGGAAAUGUUAGAACAGUCCAAGCAUUUGCAGGAGAAGAGAAAGCAGUGAGAUCAUAUUUGACUGCUCUCACGAAUACAUAUAGCUAUGGGAGAAAAACAGGAUUAGCCAAGGGGCUAGGACUAGGCUCUAUGCACUGCGUCCUUUUCCUGUCAUGGGCAUUGCUUGUUUGGUUCACUAGCAUUAUUGUUCACAAGAAAAUCGCGAAUGGUGGGGAAUCCUUCACCACCAUGCUCAAUGUUGUUAUAUCUGGCCUGUCACUGGGGCUGGCAGCACCAGACAUCACUGCUUUUGUCCGAGCAAAGACAGCAGCCUAUCCCAUAUUUGAGAUGAUAGAGAGGGACACGAUGAGCAAAAGCAGCUCCACGACAGGGCAGAAACUGGGCAGACUAGAGGGCCACAUUCAUUUUAAGAAUGUGUCUUUUAGAUACCCAUCUCGUCAAGAUGUAGCUAUCUUCAAUAAUCUGUGCCUGGACAUCCCUCCUGGAAAGGUUUUAGCCCUUGUGGGAGGAAGUGGGUCUGGAAAGAGCACAGUAAUAUCUUUGAUCGAAAGGUUCUAUGAGCCCCUUUCUGGGGAGAUACUUUUAGAUGGGCAUGAUAUCAGAGGCCUAGACCUCAAGUGGCUGAGGCAGCAAAUUGGCUUGGUAAAUCAGGAGCCUGCACUUUUUGCUACAACCAUUAGGGAGAAUAUACUCUAUGGAAAGGAUGAUGCCACUGUUGAAGAGAUCACGCGUGCAGCUAAACUUUCUGAGGCCCUCUCUUUUAUAAACAACCUGCCCGACAGAUUUGAGACUCAGGUUGGUGAGAGAGGAAUACAACUUUCAGGUGGGCAAAAGCAAAGGAUUGCAAUAUCCCGUGCAAUACUGAAGAACCCAUCCAUCCUUUUACUGGACGAAGCAACAAGUGCACUGGAUGCUGAGUCUGAGAAGAGUGUACAGGAGGCACUUGAUCGUGUCAUGGUCGGACGAACAACUGUAGUGGUGGCCCAUCGGCUUUCUACCAUUAGAAAUGCAGAUGUGAUCGCAGUCGUACAAGAAGGAGAGGUAAUAGAAACUGGGAAUCAUGAAGAGUUGAUUUCAAACCCAAACGGUGCCUAUGCAUCACUUCUUCAACUCCAAGAGUCAGGUGCCAUGCAACGCUACCCCUCAAUUGGACGCCCACCAAGCUUGAGGUUCUCACGGGAACUAUCCCGCACCACAGCAAGCUUUGGUGCUAGUUUUCGUUCUGAUAAAGAAUCUGUCGGCCGUAUGGGUGCUGAUGGAGGGGAGGCUGUGAAGUCGAAAAGGGUUUCCACGAAAAGGAUGUAUUCGAUGGUUGGUCCAGACUGGGUUUAUGGGGUAGUUGGUACCCUUUGCGCGUUUAUUGCUGGAGCUCAGAUGCCCCUUUUCGCUCUUGGGGUGUCUCAAGCACUUGUUGCAUUUUACAUGGAUUGGGACACGACACGUCAUGAGGUCAAGAAGAUUGCGCUGUUAUUCUGUGGGGCUGCAUUUAUAACAGUCAUUGUUCAUGCAAUUGAGCAUCUGUCUUUCGGAAUCAUGGGAGAGCGACUCACUCUUCGUGUGCGCGAGAUGAUGUUUUCAUCCAUUUUGAGGAAUGAGAUUGGAUGGUUUGAUGACAUGAACAACUCAAGUUCUAUGCUUUCAUCGCGUCUAGAAAGUGAUGCUACUCUGUUACGAACUAUAGUUGUUGAUCGCAGUUCAAUUCUUUUACAGAAUGUAGGAUUGGUUGUUGCCUCAUUUAUCAUUUCCUUCAUCUUGAACUGGAGGAUCACACUUGUUGUCAUUGCCACAUACCCAUUGAUCAUUAGUGGUCACAUCAGCGAGAAAAUUUUCAUGAAAGGCUAUGGUGGCAACUUGAGCAAAGCCUAUCUUAAAGCUAACAUGCUGGCUACAGAGGCUGUGAGUAACGUCCGAACUGUUGCUGCAUUUUGUGCUGAGGAGAAGAUCCUUGACCUAUAUGCUCGUGAACUCGUUGAGCCUUCUAGACGUUCAUUUGUUCGUGGCCAGAUUGCUGGCAUAUUCUAUGGGAUAUGCCAGUUCUUCAUCUUCUCAUCCUAUGGCCUGGCAUUAUGGUACGGCUCUGUUUUGAUGGGGAAGGGGCUUGCUAGCUUCAAAUCUGUCAUGAAAGCAUUCUUCGUUCUGAUAGUAACAGCAUUAGCCAUGGGUGAGACAUUGGCUAUGGCCCCAGAUCUCUUGAAAGGGAACCAAAUGGUGGCAUCAGUCUUUGAAGUGAUGGACAGAAAGACUGAGGUACUGGGGGAUGUUGGAGAAGAGCUGAUGACAGUGGAGGGAACAAUUGAGCUCAGGGGCGUCCAAUUCAGUUACCCAUCAAGACCAGAAGUUCUCAUUUUUAAGGACUUUAAUCUAAGAGUUCGCUCGGGGAAGAGUAUGGCACUAGUAGGGCAAAGUGGUUCUGGUAAAAGCUCUGUCAUCUCUCUUAUACUGCGAUUUUACGAUCCAAUGGCUGGGAGAGUUAUGAUAGAUGGGAAAGACAUCAAGAAGCUCAAGAUCAAAUCACUUAGGAGACACAUUGGUCUAGUCCAACAAGAACCAGCUCUUUUCGCCACAUCAAUAUACGAGAACAUUCUUUACGGAAAAGAAGGAGCCUCUGAAGCUGAAGUAAUUGAAGCAACAAAGCUUGCUAAUGCUCAUACCUUUGUCAGUUCGCUUCCUGAAGGCUACUCUACUAAAGUGGGUGAACGUGGGGUGCAACUGUCUGGUGGUCAGAGACAAAGGGUAGCCAUUGCCCGAGCUAUUCUCAAGAACCCAGAAAUCUUGUUAUUAGAUGAAGCCACUAGUGCUUUAGAUGUGGAGUCAGAGCGAGUGGUGCAACAAGCUCUAGACAGAUUGAUGAAGAACAGGACAACAGUUGUGGUAGCACAUAGGCUGUCAACAAUAAAAAAUGCAGACCAAAUAUCAGUUUUACAUGAUGGGAAGAUCAUAGAACAAGGGACUCAUUCAUCACUUAUAGAGAACAAAAACGGAGCAUACUAUAAGUUGAUCAACAUUCAGCAACAGCAACAGCAAUAAUAACAAAACUGAAACCAAUAUCCCAAAUGAUUGAUGCAGGGUGCUUGCUUCGAUCACUCAUGUUUUUUUUUUUUUUUUUUUGUACUUUUUUAAUAUAAACAUAUAAGGUCUGAUUGAUCAUUGCUAUAUGAAAAAAAUGACAAUACAGGUUGGACCAUGGUGUAAAAGUAUAGUGUCAUUUGCCGCCUCAGUGAUUGCUCCUCAAUUUAUCUGUAUACCUUUGUUUAGAUUUCCUCAAAGUGAAGCACUAGACAGGAGAAUUUGACA